AUGACGCUACCAAGCAAUAGUUCUAUGGAGCUAUUCCCUGGUAAUACACUUAGCGACUUCAAAGUCAAACUACCAUCACACGUGAAUUUAGAUGGAAAUUGGGAGGUGGGGCUGGCUUCCAUUACAUUUCCACACACUUGGUACACAAUAGGAGAUGGCGAUCAUCGUUAUUUUUGUGAUAAGGGUGAUGGAUUCUUUGACGUCAUAAUCAUUCCAAAUGGGUACUAUAGCAGUAUCUCCGAUAUUAUCAAUAUCAUGAAUUCAACUCUAUCCAACAACAAGAUUAAGGGAAUUUCAUUAGCGGUAGAAAAGCGAUCUCAAAAAGUGACUGUGACUCUCGGAAAGAAUCAAAGAUUAAGUUUUGAAAACCGACUGGGAAUCCUGUUAGGAUUUGGAAGACCUCCUGUUGACGUACAAGUGAACUUAUAUGUUUUUUUUUUUGGGAACAUCGAAGAAGCUAAAAUGGAGUACAAAUUGUAUGGCUAUUUCCGUCAAUUUUGGAAUGAUCAGCGACUUGCUGGAAGGCAUAACGAUUCCAUCGUCCUCAAAGGUGAAGACAUCACCAAAAUMUGGAAGCCUUUUUUUUUUUGUUACAACGCCAGAGAAUCGACUCUMAGUCCUUUAACUAAUCUUGCUAUUGCUAUUUUUUUUUGGACCAUCAUACUCGCAGAGUGUGACAUGGAUCUGCGCCAUUUUCCUAUGGACCUGCAGAAUUGUUACUUAAAGUUUAGCAGCUACAGCUACAGUACAGACCAUAUUUUUUUUUUCUGGRAAGGUGGAAAUCCUGUUACUGUUGCCAGAACGAAUCUUGCGCAGUUUUACUUCACAGAGCUUGAYACAAAAACCUUCACCUUUUUUUUUGCAUUGGGCAACUACUCCAUUAUAGAAGUUCAUUUUAGGUUUAUUUUUUUUUUUGGGUAUUUCCUCAUCCAAGUUUACGCGCCUGAUAUCUUUUUUUUUAUGUUGAGUUGGAUCGUGUUCUGGAUGGAUAGGAAUGAUUUUUUUUUCCGUAUGGCGUUGGGUAUCACUACAAUCCUGACCAUCAUGUUCUUAAUGGGAUCGAUAAACGCGGCCAUGCCUCGUGUCAGYUAUUUUUUUUUUCUUGAUUGGUAUCUGAUGAUAUCGUUUGCUCUGGUCUUCAUGGCUUUGAUACAAUGUACUAUCGUUUUUGUCUUGGUGAAUUUAUUUUUUUUUUAA